AUGGCAGAUCAACCAGUUAUUCCGUUUGAUAAAACAAUCCUUUGCUUACCAUCUUGCAUAGCUGUGCACGCUCAACUUCAUCCCCAUUUACUGAAAUUUACAUCGAAUGAUUAUGUUCAAUACUUUGAAAAAUAUCCACAAUUGCAUGUCUGUGGUAUCCUAAGUAAAACCGACUCGGAAACAAUAGUGAUUGCUUUGGCUGUCUAUCGCCGACAUCCAAGUACUUAUGAUACCAUUCGCUUCGAAAUCGAUGACAUUGUUGUCGAAGAAAAAUUGCGAAAUAAGCAACUAGGGACACGUUUGUUCCAUUAUCUUAUUGAACAAGCGAAACAAUACGGCGUAAAACAGAUUCUCAUCCAUUGUGAUCCAAUGAACACUGAUGCUCAUCGCUGGCUAUUUCGCCUUGGCCUAACCAUCCUAGUUUUCGAGUUUUACUUAACGAAUCUUGAGCUUUCGGUCGACAAUGAUCGCAUUCGUGUUGUCGAUAUCACCGAUCUACCAGACGAGGAGAAUGAGAAAUUGCUAAUUCAAGCGCAGGAUGUAUAUCGUCAACUGCGACCACAUUUACCCGCCGAUGAAAAACAGUAUGUCACGCAAAUUCGAAACAUCUGCCGCACUGGCCCUGCUCGCACACUAGUUGCCGUGAAUGAAGCAAAUGAGAUACUCGGCGUAACAUGUUAUCGUGUCACGGAAAAUCCAAACUACGGCACGCAUAUCUACUGCGAUGAUUUAGUGACGGAUGAAGAAAAACGAAGCUUCGGUGUUGGCCAUUGCCUGAUAAAUUCUAUGAAAAAAGACGCAAAGAAACUGAAAAUUGAUCAGCUGGUGCUAGAUAGUGGAUGUCAACGAGGACGAGCGCAUAAGUUUUACCAUCGAGAAGGUUUCAAAAUCAGCCAACUAAAUCUUACUGGUACAAAAGUUGGAUGUGGUAAUGUUUAUCAUAUUGUAACGAUCGAAGGACUUGGUAAAAUACAUAAAUCAAGUGGUAGUUUACAUCCAAUUCAAAGAACAUUAGCAGAAAAUUAUGCUUCAAAAUAAAAUCCAGGAAAUCCAUGUUUCGGAUUCGAUCGGAUCCAAGACCAUCGGAACCCAAUGCGAUUCCGUCACCAGGAUUUCAUCGGAUCCGUCGGAUUCCUAUGGAUUUUGUACAUGAGCAGUGAUUGUUCAACAGGUUAUCCAUCAAUUUUAAUUGAUGCAUAG